AUGGUGGUGGUGGUGAUGGUUGGUAAUCAUCAUGGUUGUGACGGUAGAGGUGAUUUCAAUUAUGAGGAUGGAGUGGUUAGUGUGGUUGUGACUGGCGAUAGUGAUUGGUGGUAUUGGUGUUUGGCGACAGUAGCAGUGGUGGUGACCGACGAUUGUGAUUGUGCAAUGGUGGCUAGUGUUAAUUGUGGAGAAAGUACUGAUGCCGAAAGAUUAAGGAAGAACCGUGGCAGAGCAAACAAUUAUAUUGCACAAAACUAUAUGAAUUAUUACUAUGAAGGUCGAGGUAUAGAUAGAAUAUCCGAGUUACCACGACACCUCAUAGAUGAUAUAUUAAAUCAUAUGAGCAUCAAAGAAAUUGCAAGGAUGAGCGUGUUGUCACGAAAAUGGAACCGUAUAUGGUCUACACAUCCAACUAUUGUGCUAGAUCACCGGUUUCACGAGGAAAUAAAUUACCGAAAUCGAUCAUCAUCCUCAGAUAUUUUUUACUUCAAAAAUAUUGUCAACAACAUCAUCUUGCAACAUAGCGGCCCAAUUGUCAAGUUUGUCCUUGACAUAUCAAGUAUUGGUUCAGAUGACGGGGACAUCAAUAGUUGGCUACGAUACGUCUCUAAUAGAGGUGUCAAGGAACUUAGAAUCGAAAAUUCAGUCCAAUCCACAUAUACUUUGCCUUAUUUCUUAUUCAAUUCUAGAGAAUUAAGUCAUUUGGACAUCACCAAUUGUGCCUUCAAGAUGCCCCUUGCCGUUACAUCAUUUAAGAAUCUUGUGAGGCUUGAUCUAAACCAAAUAAGCUUUAACCCAACUUUGGCGUAUACCAUCUUUGAGGCUCCACUGCUCCUGACCAUGUUGUUUACAAAUUGUAAUGGUCUCCAGUACCUUAAUAUCUUCGCAUCGCGGCUACUUGGUUUGCACAUUGUUGAUAGUCAUCAUGUUGAUUUGAACAUCCUCAAAGCCUAUACUGAGCUGAAAGUGUUGACUAUUGCGUCAUGCGACAAAAUCCAGCACUAUGAAUUUUGGAGAAGGUUUACAUUGAAAGAGAUUAUUUGUUCAUUCCCUAAACUUACCGGGUUUUGCUUCAACAGUACUUUCUUCAAGCAAAAACUCUCAAAUCAUGUCGAGCAAAUCGAAAUGGACGCAGUUACAGAGUAUCUGACAAGACCUGAUUGUAUAGAAGAAGAUCUCAUUGCACUUCGAAAGAUAAAGUUGGAAGGUUUUGUGAACACCACAAAUGAACGUCUUUUCAUGAAGCUUAUGCUAGCUCGUUGUCCUUCACUUGUAAAGGUGAUCGUUACGCCUUUUGAGUUAAUUGAAGAAGAUCAUAUCUUUUACUUCUUCUUAGCAGUGCUGAGGUUCCCUCGAGCUUCACUAAAUGUCACUAUAGAAUAUCAAGAAUAG